AUCCGCUGAUCCAGAGUUCGGAAACCAGACAACAAGCUUUCUUUAACUUGGAACACAACAACAAACAUGGAUUCCAUUUACAAUGUGUACUGGAACGAAGGUUUCUGGCUUCCAAAAGGCGUUACAUGGAAGCAGUUGGAGAACAAACCCGAUUCAGAUGUGUACCUGCCCCAGGCAUCGGACAUGACAUGGUCUCUGCCAAUUGGACUGCUGAUUUUCGCGUUUCGUUUCGUGUUUGAAAGUUACAUCAUGACACCGCUUGGUUACUCAUUGGGUGUGAAAAGAAAGAAGAUAUUGACCAAGGAUCUUAACCCUAUCUUGGAAGAAUAUUCAAAACAGAAUGGAAAUGUCAUGAAACGCAAUGCCAUGGAGAUCUCCAAAGAUACAGAUGUGUCUGUUAGAGACGUGGAGCGUUGGCUCAGGGAUCGCAGGGUCAACACACGACCCAGUGACAUACGCAAGUUCAAUGAAUGCGGAAUCAGAUGGUGACAUUCAAUAGGU